UUUUCAAAGUUAUUGCUUUGAUAUAAUAAAUGGUACUUUAAUUAAAUAAAUAGGAGUAAAUUGCAUUAGAUAAUCCUUUAAAAUUUUUGUUUCUUUACUUUCAGGCUAAAAACAUUUUCAAGUCUAUGUAUCCAGAUGAAGACUUCUUGCUCUGGAUUGGUGUCUAUUGAUGAGUUUCGGUUACUGCAUCGCCACCCUCUUGGAGUUCGCGGGUAUUCAUUACUUCACGAAGGUUGGUAGCGGCGAGAUUCCGUUGGACGACGAAGAAUGGGAAGAAUGGAAGGGCAUCGCGAGCGAGGAGUUCGAGGAUACAUUUCGCACUAUGAUCUCUUGCAGCCCUCAGGCUGUUCAUCCGGAGAUUAUCGAUACGAAUACUAGAAAGCGUGGUUCCCUCAUGUCCGCACUAUACAGUGUUAGCUUGAUAUUUUAAUAAAAACUGUUAACAAAGUCACCCAAACAAUAUCAAAGACAUGUCUUAGAAGUUCAGGAGAUUUUUAAAAAUGUAAAAAAAACGCCCUUUUUGGAUAUUUAUAUUUUCUGUAUUCUGGCCUUUCUGUAAAAAUUUGUAAAUUAAUUUUCCGUAAUUCACAGAAAAUUAUAUAAUUUACGAAUAAUGAUUGAAGUGCAGGAAAAUGAAUCUUGUAAUCUGUUAAAAUAUUCGAUCUUCGGAGUCAGGUCUAAAAAUAUUUAAUUUUCUUCUGAAUUCUUGACAAGUUCUUCUCCCAGAAUUUAAUAUCAAUUGUAUGUGGAAUAUCAGUUGUUAAUUCAAGUUUUAC